AUGCCCAGCAGAGUUAUUUCCGCAGACGAGGAUAUGCUGUCGCGUCGGGUCAGGCUAAUGUAUGAAAAAGGCGAUGAGAAUGUGACAGACUCGGAAGUAGCGAGAGCCCUAGCUGUGGAGAACGGUGUGCUCUGGGAAGAGGCAGGUCAAACAAGUGAGGCGACUUCUCGCUUUUCAGGCGCCAGUGUGUCUGGCACGGAAACCAAGAGCAUAGUGUCCUCAGUUGGUCCUGAGCCUGCUCCGAGCAUCAAGAAAGAACCCAAUGAGCUAGCUGGCGGAAUUGAGUAUUGGCACAAUAUCAAGGCGGGAGACGUGGAUAGAUAUGGUUUUAUUCGCUCUCCUACCAGCAACUCCAAUGAUGCUGCUAGGCGUGCGGCCAGGAAGAGAGAGUGGCGAAGGGAAGACAAAUGGACGAAGAUGGCGAGGCCGACAAAGAGUAGCAGAGCUGGCGGUGGCAUGACAUUCGAGUUUGACACGAAGAGCUCCAAGCUUAUUGAACGGACAUGGAAAGGCAUACCUGACCGAUGGAGAUCGACUGCCUGGUACGCCUUUCUAGAGGCAAGCGCCAAAAAGCGCAGUGAUAGUCCUACGGUGGAGGAGCUCAUUGACGCUUACAAUGAGUACCAGUUAAUAUCGUCACCCGACGACGUACAAAUCGAUAUCGAUGUCCCAAGGACCAUAACUAGCCAUAUCAUGUUUCGUCGGCGGUAUCGUGGCGGCCAACGCCUGCUAUUCCGCGUGCUGCACGCGAUGUCUUUGUAUUUCCCAGAUACAGGCUAUGUUCAGGGCAUGGCAGCCCUUGCUGCAACCCUUCUUGCUUACUACGAUGAGGAACACGCCUUUAUCAUGCUCGUCCGUCUAUGGCAGCUACGAGGACUGGAGCAGCUAUACCGGUCAGGCUUCGAAGGACUGAUGGAGGCUCUGGCUGACUUUGAACGGGGGUGGCUGGAGGGAGGAGAGGUCUCCAUGAAGCUGAAUGAACUCGGAAUCCCGCCUACUGCGUACGGUACACGUUGGUAUCUCACUCUCUUCAAUUACUCUAUCCCAUUCCCAGCCCAGUUGCGUGUGUGGGAUGUCUUUAUGCUCCUUGGCGACGCUGAGGAUCCAGCUGGCCCAGGCGUGAAGACCGAGGGCCCCGGCGCAAGUGCCUUUGGCAAGGGUUUGGAUGUCCUCCAUGCAACAUCGGCGGCUCUGAUUGAUGGCAUGCGGGAAAUUAUCCUUGAAUCGGACUUUGAGAACGCCAUGAAGGUGCUUACCAGCUGGGUUCCAAUAAAGGACGUUGAAUUAUUCAUGCGUGUCGCAAAGGCAGAAUGGAAAGUCCACCGUCGUAAAAAGGCCCUUGUCUAA